GAGUAAUUUCUCCCUCCUUUCUCUUGCGGCUUUAUCAGCAGGGGCAACGCCAGCAUGGAGGGAGAGAGGGUCGGAAAUUGUCGUCGCAUCUUGGUGAAUCCCAGAGGAUGUGCUGGGGCGAAUGCGAGGAUAAACUUAGUUGAGGAAGUCGAAGCACCACGCACUGCCAGCCCGCCGCCGCUGUCGCAGCGUCGUACGAGCAGUCGAAUGCCAAUGAUGCGAUCGAUGAUCAUGAAUUAUUAUCUGGUGAUGCUUACCCUCUUAUGCCUCUUCGUGGGGAUUGACGAGGAGGAUCAUUUUUGUGCAACUAGUCGCGCGAACGGGGGUUGGGGGCAAUGGCCCAAGCUACUGAGAGCUGUGAAAGCUCAGCGGACGGAGUUAGCUAUGCCGCUGGAGCCACCGACAAUCUACCGAGUAAGUCCUAGCACCGGCGCGUUAACGGGAGGCACGGUCGUCACUCUGUACGGAAAGCGAUUUUCCCAAGAUCAGUACGCUGGAGGGAACAUUGUGUUUAUCGGUCGCUCGAGCUGCCCGGUGAUCUCGUACUCCUCUUCCUCGACGAAGGACGCCCUCGAUGAGGAGGAGGGCCGCGAGGGUGGGGCAAGGGAGGGGGGGGUGGGAGACGAGGCAGAUGAGGCAGUCAGAGAGCCUGACCUGCCAGGGGAGGAGGUGGUGAUGACGUCGAGAGGCGUCGGUCGAGCGGGUCCCGCUCCUAGGGCACCACGACCUGAGUUGGAGCGUGCGAGGAGGGAGAAGAGGACAGUGGGGCAGGCUGACGUUGAGGUGCGCGACACGGGCAGGGAGAAGAGGGCUCGGCAGACGACGAUUUACGAGAUGUACGCCAAGGAGAAGUUGGCCGAGUUCACAGACGCGUGGCUGCAGUGGAUCUACGUGAAGGGGUUGCCAUUCAACGCCUUCCGUGGUCCGGAGUUCCAGAGGGUGCGGCAGACGACAGAGAGAGUGCCUCGCAGUGUCCAGUUCCGGUUUCCCUCGUUCAGGGUUACAGCGGGCGCCGGUAUUCCUUCGCAGAGGGCGAAGGUGGCGACGAUGGUGAGCGAGGUGCGCGUCGCUUUCCGGCACAGCGGUGCAACCAUCCUCUCCGACGGGAGGAAGUCGCGUAGCGGCAAGCCGCUUGUGAACUUCCUCGCAGGGAGCGCCAACGGCGCCCUGCUCUACGCCACGGUCGCACGUGACGGGUCGGUGCGAGACACAGCGGACAUCGUGUACCGUAGGUGGCGGGCCAUCAUCUUGUCCUUUCCUGCAAAGGACGUGAUCGGCUUCUGCACAGACUCCACCAGUAACUAUAUGGCGGCAGCGCGCAGAUUCGCCACUAACCCCGACCACAACAUUAGGAGGAUCACUUGGCUCCCCUGCUCCACCCAUGUCUGCAACUUGAUGUUGUCAGGUAUCGGGACGCGAGUGGGGUGGGUCAAGGACACCAUCAUCCGCGCUCGGGCGCUUGUGCGAUUUAUUAAAUCGCACGGCGCUGCUCACGCCCUGUUUAGGAAGGUGAGCCCUCGCGUUCAGCUCGUCGAGCCCGUUGAGACACGGUUCGCAUCGGUUUUCCUGAUGCUGGCGUGUCUCAAAGGCCGACGAGACGCGUUGGAGAGCAUGUUGCACGGGGAUGCUUGGGCACGCAUCCCGUGGGAGCAGAGACAUGUAUCGCAGACGCAGUGGGUGCAGCAGCAGAUCCUGGACGCGGAGUUUUGGCGUUGUUUGUGGACGUCUGCCUCUCUUGCGGAGAGGAACUGGGCGCAGCACGAGCGCAUCAACACGGUGAGGCGCGCCAAGCUUGGGUUUGCCAAGCUUGCACAGCUGGUUGAGAUUGCCACCAAUCUCAAACUGGCCUCGUGCGCACGACAGGGUGGUGGCUACGUGUUGACAUGGGUUAUGGGGACCGGUCGGGAGGGGACGGCGACAGAGGACGAGGAUGAGGAGGGAGACGUGGAGCCCGAAGUGUGGGGAGCGCGACCUGCUGGCAGUGUUCCAGAGGUGGAGAUCCAGCGGCAGAUUGUCGCUUUCCAUGACAGCCGACCGUCCAGAUCCCAUUCGGUUCGGGACGUGUUCGGCAAGAGGGCGACGGAGCUGCGACCGCGAGUGGCAGCAGCAGAGCCACUGGUGGUCGUGGAGGACGUUCGCGUGCGGAGGUUAGCGUCGACGACUUUGGGGAGCAGCAGCCACGGGGAGGUCUUCAGCAGACAGGCAGAUGUUGGGAGGUUAGGAGCGACAGCGAGGCUGAGGAGGAGGUGCCCCUUCACGAUCGUCGCUUCUCUCCGUCCCAUCAUCGGAGCGCUGCACAGCCCGAGGCACUUAGGCGUUCGGAGAGGUUGGCAUCGGCAGCAGGCAGAAACCGGACACAUGACGGCGAGGAUCGUGGGGGGGAGAGGACUCCUUCCGACGUCGGUAUCCGCCCCCGCUCGCCGUCGGUGCUCCGCACACGACUUUGAAGUCGGAGGGCUUGGUGGGCGCUUGGGAGAGUUCAGUGUCGAGGGACGUCGGCGUGCCUCACCGUCGGAGGUGCGCACCGACGCGGACGUUGUGCGGGGCCCUGUUGAGACCGAGGAGGAGAGGGAUGCCCGUUUGGACCGAGAGGAGGCGGAGCGACUGGGGAGUUUGCCACGAUGGGAGGGUCGGUUCAUGUAUCUUGACGAGCAGCGUCGGCGGAGGGAGUUGGAGACAGGAGGGGGGGGAGGCCGUGACGUCGACGACUCGGGUGUCCCUGAGGAGGCAGUUCAUGGGGAGUUUGAUGAUGAGGGACAGGAUGCCGCCGCGGGUGGUGGGUCAGGUGGUGGACGAUGCGGCGACGGGGAGACCGUGGGUGAUGAGGGGCAGGAUGUUGUCGUGGGCAGUGGGUCCCCUAGUGGGGGGCGUGGCGACAGCGAGACCUGCAGGAUCGAUGCCUCCACCGCCCGCACGGACUCUGGAGGCCGGGGUCGACGCCGGGGACCAGACGCGGCACCCGGAGUUGCGCACAAUGGCGGUUCCCCGCCGACAGUCCGAGGUGGUGUGGGUGGCGGAUGGUCAGCUGUUCGUCGGGUCGGGGACCGGUUGCGUGCGGAUUACGACGCCGGGAGGGGCGUCUUCACGGAACGUAUGCCAGUUCAGACGCAGGCUGCGGAGGGUGGGUCCGGAUGUCUGAGCCUGCAGAUGGCAGGCCGCAUGCUCGGUUUGUCACGAGCGGAGACGAGGAGAUCAUUGGUCCUCGAGGCCGCAGGGACAUCCACGGACAUGCUGCGGGGAGAGCAGUUCACAUCAGGCGAGGAGGGGUUGUUCAUGUGUCCCGGGACGAGACGACAGUGUGGCCUCUCGGAGGUUGAGGCUCGACUCGCGGCAGGGGUCGCCGCUGGCCAGGCAGCAUUGGACGCGAUUCAGAGGGAGAGAGAGAUGGGGAUUGCUGCACGGGCGACGGAGGACGAGGACGUAGAGACAGAGUGCGAGUCGAUCGAGACUGCGGCUUGUAGACACAGGGCACAGGUGGCCGCGGCAGCCGCUGCAGCAAAGGCGGCAUACCUCAGCGGAGCACGGGGCAAAGGUGCCGGAGGGAGAGGAGGGCGACGGGGAGGACCGCAUGGCCGCCCGUCCUCCGGGAGACGCGCGCUCUGGAGGGAUAUGACGACGUCCGACAUGACAAACGCAGUUCCCUCUGCCCCGUCGUCUGUCGAGGUACCGUCUGCCUCACAGCAGACCGCCGCAUCUAGUGUUUCCCCUCCGAGACUUCCGACUCGUCGCGCCAUUCGCACAGCCCGUUGUAGCGCUCAGCUGGCGACUCGCGAUGACGUUGUGUCAUCUCUCCUGGACUUGAGCAUUCUUCAGGCUCGUCAGGAGCGACUCACGAGACACGUCAACGUCCUGCGUCGUCUUCUCGCUCUGCUUUCUGACCCUGAUUGCACCCUACCAUUUAUCCCUAUUCGCCUAUGGGACUCUUGCUCGCAGAGAGAUUUCGUUCACCCUCGAGUGGUUGAGGAAGCUCGCCUAACUACCUCUGGGUCCUGCUCUCCUAUCUCCGUUACCCUCGGAGAUAACAAGACACAAUGCUUCUUCGAUCAGAUGGUCCCCGAACUCCACUUCUCCCUCACCCUCCAGCCACCGGAUAGUACCCAGGCGCCUCGGCGCUACCAUUCCUCCUCAUACUUCGACGUGCUGGAGAUUGGGUACGACUUUAUCCUUGGCACUCCCUUGUCUCGCCGGUUCCGUAGCACAGAGGCCGAAUGGGCGACCGAGACACUCGUUCUCAAAAUGAAGUGUGGUCAGAUCCAUUGCAUCCCCUUCAUUGGAACCACGGGCGACACUCCUCCCGACCUACCUUCCCAGGACCCUCGUCCCUCAGGGUCCCACCCUGACAUCGCCUUCACUUCCCCUCAUCAGUUUGCUCACUUCAUACGACAGGAGGACGUCACGUUCUACUCAGUGAACGUCAUGGAUCUUCCUCGCUAUGAUCCACUCUGUCCCGAGGUUGAGCUCAUCUUUCUGGAGCCCGAUCCCCCCGACCCUUCCUCCAUCUUCACGGCUCCCAUCUCUACGUCCAUCCGUCAGCCUGCGGAUACCCCCUCCACGUCCCAGGCCCCUGCGCCAUCGACUGUCGAGUCCACACAUACGUCUCGUGCCGACGCAGACAUUGAGGAACUCACACGGUUCACGACAGACCUAGAGCCCACCGUUCGUGACCUGAUUCGAGAGUACCACGACGUCUUCCAUCCGUAUUUCUCAUACAGCGGGAUACCUCCGAUGCGCGAUCCGCAUUGCUGCAGAGGAUCGUCGAAGACCGCCUUCCGGUCGCGCUUCGGCCACUACGAGUUCACGGUGAUGCCAUUUGGCCUCACCAAUGUACCCGCCACCUUCCAGACGACGAUGAAUGACAUCUUCAGGGACAUCCUUGAAGAAUAUGUUCUUGUAUACCUGGACGACAUCUUGGUCUACAGUCGUACCUUAGAAGACCAUAUCAGACACCUCCACGAUGUCCUGAAGCGCUUACGCAAGCCUGGCUUCUAUGCCAAGCUUAGUAAGUGCCGCUUUGCCCAGCGCAAAGUGGACUUCCUAGGACACCAUGUAUCUGACCAGGGUCUCCACAUGGACGACGCGAAGAUCACUGCUAUUGCAGAGUGGCCCGUCCCCACAUCUGCCAAGCAGCUUCGCAGUUUCCUAGGUCUCACCAACUACUAUAGUAAUUUUAUCCAGGGAUACGCUAGGUAUUCCUACAUCCUUACCUCCACCCUCCUCCGGAAGAACCCGCUGUGGUUUUGUACACCCCUCUGCGAGGACGCCUUCCACGCCCUCAAGAAGGCGGUAACUUGUGCGCCGGUUCUUCGCCUCCCAGAUUUUGAUCGCCCUUUCAUCGUCAUCACUGAUGCGUCAGAUUUUGCAGUAGGAGCAGUACUUUCUCAGGUGUUUCCCUCUCCUCUUGAUUCACCUUAUCACCAUGUUCCUCAAGUACUUUCUCAGGUGUUUCCCCAUGUUCCUCAGAGUUCCGCUGCUUUUGCGGAUAGCGUGUUUAUGGCUCUUGCGAUCCAUUACAGGACACCGGGGCACUGCCACGAUGCAGUGCCAGGAUUGCAGUUCGUAGCCACUCUGUGCUACCUCCACGGGCUAAGUAUCAGCAACAAUGACUCAGCAGGAGAACGACUCCAGCGGCAUCCAGUACCAAUGCAGCAGCUGCAGUACCGGUCACCGCAGGGUUCCUCCCGGCCUGUCCGGUCCAAGGGGACCAUGAGACUUUGGCAGCUUACCUUCAGCGGGUGCAGGCAUUCACAGAUGCCGUUGCCACAGCAAAGGCAGAGCAAGAGGCAGCAGAAGCAGAGCAUCAGAGGCUUGCCAAUGAGGCAGCAGCCCAAGCUCAGCGGACUGCUGAAGCUGACGCAACGGCUCGACAAGCAGAACGCCGUCAGCGCUGAGUCCUUGAUUCAGAAUGAGAGUCAGUGGACAACACUACUCCAAGGCAUGACCUUUGUGCCUACGGACGAGCAGGCGGAUCCGACACCGGCGGAGGCGGAAAGGAGUAACCUGGCUAACCUGAUGCUGUGCAUGAUGAGGGCAGUAAUGUGGAACAACACGAUGCAGACAGUGCACGCGCACAUUGGACGGCAGCUGAAACAGACUCAGCAGAGAGAGUCUUCAACCUUGACAGCCGCCAUUCGCGCAGCAGCACAACAUCAGCAACAACAGCAACAGCUGUUGGCAUCCACUAUCACACACGUCAACAGCAUUGAGGCUAAGCCCUCAGCAGCACCAGGCUGCACGACGGACAUAGCGAAGCAGCUCGGAGAGCGCAUCGACCAUGUCGUCAACAUCAUAGGCAACCUGGCUGACUUUACCAGUCCGGACACGAUCAGCAGCACGGUGGCCGCCAUCAAGACAGACAUCACCAAACUGCAGUCCCGACCGGAAGCUGCCCCGAAAGCAUACAAGAUGCCACGCUUCAAUGUCAACAAGUUCGACGACUACAACAAAACGGAUGCAUUGGCAUGGUGGCAAGCCUUCGUCACCGAAGCAGCCUGCCACCACGUGCCGGACGACCUGAUGGUGACAGCACUCUACCUCCAACUCAAGCCUUCGUCACCGAAGCAGCCUGCCACCACGUUACCACCUCUGUUGAUGGACGACGGAGUAGCAGUUGUCGAUCUCCGCUCCGAUCUUGUGAAGAUUGACCACGAGUACGCCACCCAAAGGAUUCGCGAUGCCAUAGCUCGGAAUGACGUAGAGGAGAUGGGCCUUGUCUUCUUACACGCCCUCCCCUCGUUGGACGGACCAGCCGCGUCGCCGCCGGACCCACGCAUUACCCACCUCUUAGAUGGAUAUGGAGACGUCUUCGAGGCUCCCACCGGAACGGUUUCGGAUCCGCCCAUACGUCACGGGAUUACUCUCGAGGCUGGUGCCGUCCCUCUGCGUGGAUGCAUCUACCGCAUGAGCGAAGAGGAACUCGAGGUGCUUCGCGCACAACUCGACGACCUCCUCGACAAAGGCUGGAUUCGCCCUAGUUGUUCGCCAUACGGUGCACCUGUUCUCUUCGUCCGGAAGAAGAACAAGGACCUACGGUUGUGCAUCGACUAUAGAAAACUUAACGCACAAACCGUAAAGAACGUCGGCCCUCUCCCUCGGAUCGAUGAUAUCCUUGAGCGGUUGGGCAGCGCGACAUACUUCUCGAAGUUGGACUUGAAGUUUGGGUACCACCAGAUCGAAAUCCGGCCUCAAGACUGGUACAAGACCGCUUUCAAAACGCGGUAUGGGCAUUUUGAGUGGGUCGUGAUGCCAUUUGGACUCACCAAUGCCCCGACAACCUUCCAAGCAGCCAUGACGACGGAAUUCCGAGACUUGCUCAAUCGUACCGCCCUCAUCUACCUUGAUGAUAUCUUGGUCUAUAGUCGGACGCUUGACAAGCACCUCGUAUACCUUCGUAAAUCUCAUGUCCCUUAUGGCGAUCUGAAACCGUCGCCGAUUCCCCGGGCACCUCGCCUCUCCAUUGCUAUGGAUGUUACAGGCCCGUUCCCCCGCGAUCGCCUCGGUCAUGAUGACAUCCUCACGAUCGUUGACCGUUUGAGCAAGUACGCUCAUUUUCUUCAAUGCAAGUAUCAUGCUACAGCCCCCGAGCUCGAACGACUCUUGCACACCGGCUGGAUUACCUGCCACGGUGUUCCGGAAGACAUUGUGAGCGACAAAGACACUCACUUUAUGUCAACCUUUUGGACUUCCCUCAUGGCAAAGUCCGAUUCGACUGUGAACCCGAGUUCCGCACAGCACCCGCAGAUGGAUGGGCAGACAGAACAAGCACAUCAAACCGCUCAAAAGAUGUUGCGUACACUCAUCCAUCCCGACCAAAAAGAUUGGGUUGACCGGCUUCCCGACAUCGAGGUCGCCUAUAACACUUCAGUGCACCCUGCGAUCUGUACCACUCCAUUCGAGUUGCAUCACGGUGGAGAGAAAGCCCGAGUCUUUGCCGAUCUUCUCCUACCAUGGGCCGCCGUCAUCGAUGUCACUUGCAUUCCCGCUUCCUCUCGGAAGUACUGUGACGCCCAACCUCACGCCCAACGUGACUUCCUGAUCGGAGUGGGAUGGGGCCCCGAAAGUGUGAAAAGGAGGUGUGCCAAGGAUUUUAGGAAAGUGGGUGUGGAGUCUCAGGUUGGAACUGAGAUCUCCGGUGGCAAGUUUAGGGACAACGGUGCAAGAUGGUACGCGAAGAUCGUAUCUGGCGUUUCAUCCUUCGGGGAUGGGACUAUGGUCUCUGCCAGUUGCGUCGCCGCGACCGGUCCCUUAUUUGGUGGACCGGUGGGACACCAUGGCUAUCGCGUUGUUCGAACAGUUGUCCGCGCCGCUCGUAACAAGCAUCGGAAUCCGACGAGGCUGGUCGUAAGCGGAGGCUGUGUAAUCACUGCUCGGCUUCGGUUCGGGUUCGUCGGAUAAAUCCCGAAGCUCGGUACGCCUGGUACCGCUGACACACUUCGCACGAUGUGCGGGGCCAAUAGCGAGCUAUGGAAUUC